AUGAUAAAGAGGGACCCAGAUGUGGAAGUAUCCGCUUUAGGUCAACAUAUAUGUAUGUCUGCUCACAAAGCACGAAGAGUGAUCGAUCAGAUUCGUGGGCGUUCCUACGAGGAAACACUUAUGAUACUAGAACUCAUGCCUUAUCGAGCAUGUUAUCCCAUUUUUAAAUUGGUUUAUUCGGCAGCAGCAAAUGCUAGUCACAAUAUGGGUUUCAAGGAAACAGAUUUAAUCAUUAGUCAAGCCGAAGUCAACGAGGGUACUAUCGUGAAAAAGUUAAAGCCUCGAGCUCGAGGACGUAGUUAUCCGAUCAAAAGACCCACCUGUCAUAUAACUAUUGUAUUGAAAGAUAUAUCUAAAGAUCAAGACUAUUUCAUAUGGUUAAGAAAAACUGGAUAUGUAUAUAUAGAUAAAUAUACGGAUGUUAGAGAGAGGUAUCUAUGUAUGGUAGAGCACGAAAGACUAAAAUGGGCUAAUGAAGAAAGCGAAGAAAGCGAGGGUGUAUGGGACAAAAAAUAA